UCAUUUGCUAUACUGAUUCUAAAAUUUCAAGAAUUCAGGAAAGUUGUCUAAGUGACUUUAUCGACUCAACAGUUUAGAAAUUCAAUCACAUGGUAAUUGAUUCGUAGUUAUAGUUGCAACUUCGAAUUCAAUUCCCGAAGGUUCUUGUAAAAAACAAUUACAAUUGUAUCUGAAGCAUUUAAAAAACGGUACCUUAUGGGCUACUGAAAUGUUUGAUGCAUCCUCUAAAUAUCCCUAUGGUGUGUUCAAUGGUUUCACACGGCAUUUGGGAAGCUAUGACCAGUGUAAGCGAAUUCAAACUAAAAUAACAGAUGAAAAAGAUGGAAAAAUUGAGGAAAUUCACAGUAGAUAUUGUCUGGUGGAUGUGAAGUUUAAAGAAAAAAAUGAAUCAACGAAUUUCACUGGUGAAUACGAAAUAUUUUUCGAUCCGCAGGAUUCUGCUUGGGAAGCAAUUCGGGAAAAGGGCGAUUUUCGACGAUGGCAAAGGUACUUUUUGCAAAUGGCAUUAUGUUUCCCUGCGGAAUGUCAACCAGAAGAUAUUGUGAUGGCACUUAAAGAACCUUUGGACGAAUUUGGCAAAAAUUAUAAUGUUAAAGUCCAAGCAUCAAUUUUGCCUAUGUACUGUUCUAAAGAACUUCCACUAUUUUCUAUUUAUGAUUUAAUUUUCUGUGUUACAUUUCUAUCAUUGUUGGCAAUGGUCAUAAUCGGCACUGUCAUCGAUGUAAAUUCUGACCAAAACAAAGAGUCCUCUCUGCUUCUCUGCUUUUCAGCUUGUAGAAAUUUUAACGAGAUUUUUAGGGUGAAUUAUCAACAUAAAGGAUUUGAUUCUAUCCACUUUUUUCGAGUUCUUUUAUCAGCAAUUACAGUUAUUGGUCACAGGCAAUUACAAUAUAUUUAUACGGGAACUAUUUCAGGACUAUAUAUUGAAUGGGUUGCAUCUAAAAUAAUUUUCGGACUACUACACAAUUCUACUUUGGUUAUAGAUGGAUUCUUCGGAUUAGGAGGACUUUUACUGUCCUUCUCCUUAUUAAGUUACUGGAAUGAGAGUAAAAGUUUUAAUUUUUUUAUUCUGGUAUUCAAACGAAUAGUGAGAUUGUUGCCACUCUAUAUGUUUAUAACAUUCGGAUACGCGACGAUUUUUUAUCGAUUAGGUUCUGGACCUUUCUGGGAAUCAAUUAUGGGAUUCACUAGAAAUUCUUGUUCUUCUUAUUGGUGGACAAAUUUAUUUUUCAUCAAUAACUAUUUUGGCGGAAAUAAUAAGUGCGUUAUUCAGUCUUGGUAUUUAGCGAUCGAUUUUCAAUGUUACAUAAUUGGAGUAUUAUUAAUAAGAAUAUUUUAUAAAAUGCCACGAAAAAUUGGUUACAUAUUUAUUAAUUGUGCUCUAAUCUGUUCAAUAGUGAUAACUUUUUACUUUACAUACAAAAAUGAUUCAGAUCCAAUUUUUAAAUCAGUUACCAUCGCUAGAAAAAUAGAAGAAAAUGAUUAUUUUCUGAAUUAUUACGUUAAAACUCAUGUGCGUUCGACACCUUAUAUCAUUGGAUUAAUUUUCGGAGUUUUUCUGUAUGAUUAUAAAAAAAUUAAUUGGCGACUUUCAAAGGCAUGGUCAAAAAUUUUAUUUAUUAUUUCAGUUAUCGUUAUAUUAAGUACAAUAUGGAGUGGAACCUAUUUCGUACAUCCAAGUUGGAAAACAACUAGUUUUGAGAAAGCUUUGUUCGCAAGUCUGCACAGACCAAUUUUUGCGAUUAGUACAUGUGCUAUCCCUCUAUUAUUAACAAUAGGAGAAGGUUUAGAUGUCUUUUACAAUAUUUUAUCAGCAAGAUGGCUGCAACCUCUUUCUCGAAUCUCUUACACAGUUUAUUUAAGUCACUUAUUAAUUUAUCAUUAUGAAUUUGGGACAGCAAAAACUACGAAUACUUUUUCUUUCUACAAUUUAUUUAAAAGUGUACUAUCAGAUUGGAUCUACUCAGUGGGCCUCGCAUUUUUCAUCGCAAUCGUAAUAGAAUUUCCAAUAAAAAAUUUUAUUCAUAUUUUAUUGGAGAGGUACACAAAAUAUCAGACACGAAUACUAUCAACUGAUACUCAAAAAAAGACCAAAUAACAUCAGCAAGAAUAGAAAAAUUUUUUGAGGUCCGUUUGAUACUGAAACAUUUAUUUUAGUCCGAAAAUAAAAAAUUCCAGUAGCCAAAAAUAGUUUUGUACAAAAAUCACAUUUGUACAGACUAAAUCUGACUUUUGCUACUAAUCGAAAAAUUUGUAAAUUUGUAACUGCAGGAAACUAUCUCUUGUAACAAAUAGAAAAAUUCUUAAAAAUUCUGCCUGACAAAUACUGUCAUUUACUACUUAAAAAAUUUAGAAAGUCUGGCUAAAACUCACUAUUACUACUUAGAGAAAAAAUAACAGAAAAUUAUUUUGAGAAGUUUCAAUGUGAAUUGUCCGUCUUUAGUUAUUGAGUAAUUUUUAAAAAUAAAUUGAAGCGUCUUAAUGAAACACACUUCGACUACUAAUGAUUCUAAAAUUUCAAGAAUUCAGGAAAGUUGACUGAGUGACUUUAUCGACUCAACGGUUUAGAAAUUCAAUCAUAUGGUAAUACAUUGAUCGUCGGUAAUUAGUUAUAAUUAACAAUUGUAGAAUUAACAAUUGUUAAUUAUAAUUUGAUUCGAAUGAUAAUUACAAUUUUUUUUAUUGACACAAUUGUCAAGGAAAUAAGUAUUAAU